AUGCCCCCCCUUACUCCCCCAGCCCCUCCGCCGGGGUGUAUUCGCGGCCGGGAGCCCGCAGCAGCCGUGGGGAGACACCGCCUGGCCGCGCCCCGCUUUACACGGUCCUCCUCUCCCGACCUUCCCGGCUCUGCCGCUCCCUCCUGGGGGGCCGCGCCCAGCCAGUGUCACACGGUCAGUCCCGACUGCCAGGUCCCAGUUACUAUAGUCGUGCGUGAGCGAGGUGACGCGGGUUCGAUCACCCAAGCGCCCGCGAGUGCGAAGGAGGCCUCGGCGGACUUCGCUCCCACAGGAUGUUAUUCCUCGGGCGGCGGAGACAUGCUCUCUCGUUUUGAAUACAGGAAUCCGGCGCGGCUGGGAGGCGAGAACGGGGCGUGGCCCAGUCCUGAUUGUGAAACUAAACCCCCCCUGGCCCCUCCCCCGUCACGCCGUAGCGCCGCGGUGCAGGAGUGCAUUCAUGGCAACGUGCCCCUGAUCCGGCGGGGGCGGCUGCUGGUGAUCUACUGGUGCCCCACUGGUGCUCCACUUGUUCUCCGCUGGUGCUCCACUGGUGCUCAGCUGGUGAUCUACUGGUGCUCCACUGGUGCUCCACUUGUUCUCCGCUGGUGCUCCACUGAUGCUCAGCUGGUGAUCUACUGGUGCCCCACUGGUGCUCCACUUGUUCUCCGCUGGUGCUCCACUGGUGCUCAGCUGGUGAUCUACUGGUGCUCCACUGGUGCUCCACUUGUUCUCCGCUGGUGCUCCACUGGUGCUCAGCUGGUGAUCUACUGGUGCUCCACUGGUGCUCCACUUGUUCUCCGCUGGUGCUCCACUGGUGCUCAGCUGGUGAUCUACUGGUGCUCCACUGGUGCUCCACUUGUUCUCCGCUGGUGCUCCACUGAUGCUCAGCUGGUGAUCUACUGGUGCCCCACUGGUGCUCCACUUGUUCUCCGCUGGUGCUCCACUGGUGCUCAGCUGGUGAUCUACUGGUGCUCCACUGGUGCUCCACUUGUUCUCCGCUGGUGCUCCACUGGUGCUCCACUUGUUCUCCGCUGGUGCUCCACUGGUGCUCCACUUGUUCUCCGCUGGUGCUCCACUGGUGCUCAGCUGGUGAUCUACUGGUGCUCCACUGGUGCUCCACUUGUUCUCCGCUGGUGCUCCACUGGUGCUCAGCUGGUGAUCUACUGGUGCUCCACUGGUGCUCCACUUGUUCUCCGCUGGUGCUCCACUGGUGCUCAGCUGGUGAUCUACUGGUGCCCCACUGGUGCUCCGCUGGUGCCCCACUGGUGCUCAGAUAGUGAUCUGCUGGUGCCCCACUGGUGCUCCACUUGUUCUCCGCUGGUGCUCCACUGGUGCUCAGCUGGUGAUCUACUGGUGCCCCACUGGUGCUCCACUUGUUCUCCGCUGGUGCUCCACUGGUGCUCAGCUGGUGAUCUACUGGUGCUCCACUGGUUCUCCGCUGGUGCUCCGCUGGUGCUCAGCUGGUGA